ACGUGGAAUUGGAAUGUUCCCUAUUCAGGAUUGGUGUAUUUCCGGCGGAUCUAGAAAGGACGCCAUGUUAUUAUCUAUAUAGCGUUUCUCUGCCAUUUUUGUUGCGUCGACGUUAAGUGUGGCCAGGGGCCUCUCUCUCUCAUCAUAGAAUUCAGUCAUCAGGCUUCGUUUGUAUCUGAUAAUAGCGUCAGAAGAGCGCCGGUAUUACGACUGUUCUGACAGACGAUUAAACUUUCGUUCGCAUAUUGGCGUACACAAUAAGUAAGAAAAAGUAUAUACAAAUAUAAGGAAACGGGAACGUUGAACUUUUUUGGCACGGUGAGAGAGUUACGAUUUGGGGAGAGUGAGCUACACGAGAAUCUACGGCAGAGCUACGAAAACUACGCACAGAGGCGGAGUAAUAUGAGUAAUGCAGCCAACCAGAAUGGAUCAGGUCUAGAGCAGCAGUUAGCUGGUCUGGACUUGCAGGGCUCCCGCCAACCAAGCGAGGGUCGCUACGUUCCACCACAUCUACGAAAUAAAUCAGCAAGUAGUACUCAGUCAACCGGUGACCAACAUUCCAAUUCUAAUUCUCGGUCACUGUAUUCUGAUAGAGACAGGGGCGGAGAUCGGGAUAGAGAUCGUGAAAGAGAGAGGGAUAGGGAUAGGGGCCGAGCAGCAGGUCCAGGAUUCAGAGAUACCCGUAGUGGUGGACGCGACGUCGAUUUUGGAAAUUUCGGCAACUUUGGUGGACGCAGUAGACGUGCUCCUAAUCAAGAAAAUGGCAGAGAUUAUAGAUAUGCAGGUUCCGAACGUGAUCGGCCAAUUAGUUCCGGUAAUGAUCGAUGGCAGGAACAACCUAGAAAUGAUCGUUGGCAAGAGAGUAGAAAUGAUCACAGAAUGGGAAGCGGUGGUGGUAGAUGGAAGGACGAUAGGGAAGGUGGUAGAGGAGGAGGAAGAGGAGAAAUCGAUUGGACGAUUCCCACAACCAGAGAUGAGCGAUUGGAGGUGGAACUAUUUGGUACUGGUAAUACUGGUAUCAAUUUUAGUAAAUACGAGGAUAUACCAGUUGAGGCUACUGGCGAUGACAUACCACCACACAUCACAUCGUUUGAUGAAGUCAAGCUGACGGAAAUCAUAAAAAACAGCAUUAGCUUGGCAGGUUAUGAUAAGCCUACACCAGUUCAAAAGUACGCCAUUCCGAUCAUUAUCGGACGGCGCGAUGUGAUGGCCUGUGCCCAAACAGGGUCUGGUAAAACAGCGGCCUUCUUAGUGCCAAUAUUAAAUCAGAUUUAUGAGAGCGGACCCCGUGCGCCACCACCGCAGGGCAGUUCUGGAAGACGUAAGCAAUAUCCAUUAGGUCUUGUUUUAGCACCUACGAGAGAACUUGCUACUCAAAUUUAUGACGAGGCACGCAAGUUUGCGUAUAGAUCGCGCAUGCGACCUGCUGUAGUUUAUGGUGGCUCCAAUAUAGUGGAUCAAAUGCGAGAAUUAGAUCGGGGAUGUCAUUUACUAGUUGCAACUCCUGGUCGUCUUGCUGAUAUGCUUGGCCGUGGUAAAAUUGGCUUAAACAAUUGCAGAUACUUGGUAUUGGAUGAAGCCGAUCGUAUGCUUGACAUGGGUUUUGAACCUCAAAUAAGAAAGAUCGUCGAAGAGGAUACCAUGCCACCAACUGGAGAAAGACAAACGCUCAUGUUCUCUGCUACGUUCCCAAAGGAGAUACAGAUGUUAGCUCGAGACUUUUUAAGCAACUAUAUAUUUUUAGCAGUUGGCCGUGUUGGUUCUACAUCUGAAAAUAUUACACAAAAGAUUGUAUGGGUCGAAGAACAAGAUAAACGUUCAUAUUUACUCGAUCUUUUGCAAGCUAGUAGAUUUUCAGAUCCUUGUGAGUAG